AAUGCCCGCCCCAUCGAAAGCAACUUUCCUAUCUUCCUCGGACGCUGUCGCCCAUCUAGCAUCUUACCAUUGCUUAGAUGGUCUUUCCGUCAAGGAUCUCAUGGACUCCCGCGUCCAUGGUGGUCUCACUUAUAACGACUUUCUCAUGCUUCCCGGAAAGAUCGAUUUCCCCGCUUCUGACGUGAUUACUGAUACCAGAAUCACUCGUAAUGUCGCUCUCAGAACUCCAUUCAUGAGUAGUCCUAUGGAUACUGUUACCGAGACCGACAUGGCCAUCAGUCUCGCGCUGUUGGGUGGUAUUGGUGUCAUUCAUCAUAACCAGUCUCCUGAAUCUCAAGCGGCUAUGGUCCGAGCCGUCAAAAGGCACGAGAAUGGCUUUAUUACGGAUCCUGUCGUCUUCUCUCCAAAUCAUACGGUUGGAGAUGUCCUUGACAUCAAGGCCCGUCUUGGUUUCUGUGGUAUUCCUAUCACAGAAACGGGAUACAUGGGCACUAAGCUCGUUGGUAUCGUCACCUCACGCGACGUACAAUUUGAGUCGCCUGAGACACUCCUCAGCGAGGUCAUGACCAAGUCUCUUGUCACCGCUCCCCAAGGUGUCACGCUCGCAGAGGCCAACCAGAUCCUUCGUUCUUCCAAGAAGGGAAAACUCCCCAUCGUCGAUGACCAAGGUCGUCUCACCUCUCUCCUCGCCCGCUCUGACCUCCUCAAAAACCAAAACUACCCGCUUGCUAGCAAGGACCCUAACAGCAAGCAGCUAUAUGCGGCAGCUGCAGUGGGCACACGACCCAACGACAAAGAACGCCUCAAGCUUCUUGUCGAGGCUGGUCUUGAUAUUGUCGUCCUUGAUUCAUCGCAAGGCAACUCCAUCUUCCAGAUCGACAUGAUUCAAUGGAUCAAGCAGACGUUCCCCAAGCUCGAGGUCAUCGCAGGCAACGUCGUCACGCGUGAGCAAGCUGCCAGCCUCAUUGCCGCUGGGGCAGACGCUCUCCGCGUCGGUAUGGGUAGCGGCUCCAUUUGUAUCACGCAGGAGGUUAUGGCAGUUGGUCGUCCACAGGCCACAGCUGUGUUUGCUGUUGCCGAGUUUGCAUCUAAGUUCGGUAUCCCGGUGAUCGCAGAUGGUGGUAUCAGCAAUGUCGGGCACAUUGUCAAGGCACUUUCCCUUGGUGCGAAUGCUGUGAUGAUGGGAGGGCUUCUUGCAGGCACCACAGAAGCUCCGGGAGAGUACUUCUACCACGAUGGGAAGCGUGUGAAGUCCUACCGAGGCAUGGGUAGUCUUGAGGCUAUGGAGCAGGGUAGACCUGGUGUGGCUGGUCAGGCUAAUGGUAAGCCCGGUUCCACGAAGCACACUCCAAACCUUUCGAGCAAGCCACACGAGAACGCCGCCACGUCACGCUAUUUCUCAGAGUCCUCCGCUGUCAAAGUCGCUCAAGGUGUGUCGGGUGACGUCCAAGACAAGGGCAGCGUCAAAGCAUUCGUUCCAUACCUACACGUCGGUGUCCAACACAGUCUCCAGGACAUUGGCGUGCGCAGUGUUUCAGAGCUGCAGGCAGGCGUGAAGGAGGGUCGUGUGAGAUUCGAAGUAAGAACACCAAGUGCUCAGCUGGAGGGGGGUGUUCAUGGAUUGCAUUCAUACACGAAGAGAUUGUAUGCCUGAUAUGACGGUUUGCGUUAUUCCCCAUAUGACCAGUAUCCACACAUUAAGGUUCCCGCUUUGUACGCAUAAAAACAAGUGAAAAUUGUAUGUACACCAUUUGUUGAUCGGACAAGGUGUGAUCAUGGUUGAUCCUCGCGCAUGAUCAAGUUCAACGACUCACCCGUGGACUACAUCCAAACCUUCCCUCAUAAAAAUGGGACGGACACAAAGCACGCUUGCUUGACCGUGUACGUACCAACGGCGAUGACUAUUUGUCCAUCGAUCAAUCCACGAUGAUCACUGUCGAUGGCUGGCGAACGCAGGAUCGAAAGUUUUGAAAACCUGCUCAGGAUUGGAAUUUACUGGCAAGUCCAGUUUUACUAGUCGGUCUGUCGAUGGCUUGCCAGGUGGCAGGCUGGGUCAUUCCCUAAGGACGAUGCCAAGGUCGACGUCCAACAU